AUGCUUAAUACUCAUGAUCAAAAUGAUUACGAAAAAAUUCCUUUUAAAGAUAUUGAAAAUUAUAUUCAGAAAGAAAUUACGGAUAUUAUAUUUUCACCAAAUAUGAAAUAUAUGGUUACAAGUAGUGAAGAUGAUGAAUCCUUAGUUAUGUGGACCAUUGACAUAGAAAAUAAUAUUAUCAAAAAAGAAACACAAUGCAAGUGUAAAAUGGUUGUAAAUUAUCAAGCCAUCUCAUUACUAGGUUUAUUAAAUAAUAAAUUAUUGAUUUUGGGUUACGAGAAUAAUUAUUACGGUUACUCGAAUUUAACGAUCCGAGAUAUGGGGACUCUGGAAGACAUUGCGAUAAAACAUUAUUUGACCAAUGGUCAUUUCUUGCAACUACUUCCGAAUGGAGAUCUUUUGUCGUUUCAAGCACAAUAUAUACAUGUGGUUCCGGAAACGCAUGAUCGAUAUUCGACAAAUCAACCGAAUAAGACAAAUAAAUGGGCAAAUCUUUUUUACGCUCAAAGGUUCUGUUAUGAUAUUUCAUUUAAAUACCGAAAAAUGGACUAUUGA